UAUUGUGAACCUGAGCGUUUUUUCUCGUUUCUCUUUUUCCCAGAUAUACCCACUACAACAGAAAAAAUAACAACAACCACAUAUACACUUUGACCAUUGCAUUCUUCUUGCUAUUUUUUCCCUCUUCUCCCUCUUCCUCUCCUUCCUCUCUCUUUCAAAGUCUCAUGACCCUUCUUGACAGCGAUCCGAUCGAAGAAGCAGUACCAAAAAGUAUCACGGACGCACUCGACCGACGAAAUUACCAAUCAGCCAUUGCUGAAGCUUCGUCUGCGAUUGCGAGUUUAUUCGAACGACAAUAUAUUGCGCUUCUCGAUAAACGUUCGUAUGCACAUGCUAUGCGCUGCAACUUCAAGGCCGCACUUGACGACGCCCAUGAAAUGAUCAAAUAUGCACCCACUUGCGCUAAAGGAUAUCUACGGGCUGGACGACUGUAUACAAUGGAAGGCAAACAAACGGCAGCAAUCAGAAUAUGUCAACGUGGGAUCGAAGCAGUGUCCAAAUCCGACCCGCUGUAUCUAUUAAUGAAGGAUAGCAAAGUCCUCGCUGAAUACCAAAAUGCCAAGCGGAUCGACUUUAUUGCACGAUUACCACUCGAAACAGCAUUCACAGUGUUUAUGCAACUCGAUCGCGGCGAAAAGGGAAUUGCACUUGGUGUGUCCAAAAUGUGGCGCGAACGGCUACUCUUGUGCUCUCAUGCAUGGAGUAAACUAACAAGCACAGGGUGCAAACCUGACUUAAUGAUCGCCAAUACAAUUGAUCGUAUUGGGCCGCAUGUACAAACAUUGCUGCUUGCAUGCAAGACGAAUACUCUCAGGAAUUUGUACCUGAACCAUAUGAAGGACGGCACAUUUGUUAACCUCAGAACUCUCAUCUUGACGAGUAAGUGGAUGCAUAAAACAAAACCUGCUGUAUUAGUAAUUAUUUUAUCUGCCAUUGUGUACUUAGCAGUAGCUUAUUAAUUAAUUGUUGGCGAUUAUUUGGGAACGUUUAUCAA